CGACGAUGCUGCUUCCGCCAGACGACUUGGGCAUCCUCGGAUGACCUGGGCGCCCACAAUUGAAUUGUCGUGCCGUAAUCCCACACGUGGACGCCUAUACUUCCCAACACCGUACAAAGUAACAUACGAAGUACGUAGUGACUUCCCGGCUGAUCAAUUGAGCCCGCCUGCGCUGCGCAAGAACAACGAAGCGUGCUGCUGUCGUCCCAUCGGCUCUUCAUAUGCCGCGUCUGCUCACCCGUCAGAGUCAGACCAUUGAGAGCCUCGCAAAAGCUUUUCACCCACUCUCGUUCGCCGCAACGCCAGCAUCAGCCGCCACCGCACCUCUUGGAUCCAGCCAGUCUCUCAGACGGACUUUAGCUGCAUCGACCUUCCAUACCGCCCAUCCUCGCGCCACAUCUUCCCGCACAACGAACCGUCUCCAGCUGAAACCUCGACUACCCUACGCCGACAAUUGCACUGACAGCCGUGCCCGCAUCAACCCCCGACCCAGAGCCACGCAGUUGCGAGCCAUGUCUGACGCAGCGACCGCCGCGCAGCUCGUCGAGUCUGCAAAGAAGCUUGCUGCCACCCGCGCAGUCGACGAACACCUUCUGCCUUCGUAUAAAUACGUUGGCAUUGGGUCCGGCAGCACUGUCGUCUACGUCGUCGAGGCCAUCGUGAGCAAAGGCCCGGCUUUUUACAGCGGCAUGACCUUCGUGCCCACGGGCAGCCAGUCAAGAGGAUUGAUCAGAAACGCUGGUCUGACACUAUGCAACUUGGACGAGCGGCCCGUCGUCAAUAGUAGCCCAGUCGCCCUCGAUGUGGCCUUUGACGGCGCCGACGAGGUUGACAAGGACCUGAACCUGAUCAAGGGCGGCGGAGCCUGCCUCUUCCAGGAGAAGCUGGUAGCAAUUGCGGCUCGCAAAUUCAUUGCUGUGGCUGACUCCCGCAAGCAGUCCGACCGGCUCUGCACCAAAUGGAGGGCCAUCCCUAUCGAAGUCCUCCCCUUGGCCGCUCCCAGCGUGCUCAACCGCCUUCACGCCAUGGGCUCUCCCGGGGCCGCCGUUCGCUCCGGACUGCCCAGCAAGGCUGGGGAGUGUGUGACGGACAACGGUAUGUGGAUCAUUGACGCGCCCUUUCAGCCACUUCUGCUGCCGAGUGAGCUCACCCCUGCCGUCAAUGGCAAGGGUGCCAACGGUGUCUGGGAAAUCAACACACUGGCGGCAGAGCUCCUCGCCAUCCCCGGCAUUGUGGAAAUUGGUCUCUUCCAUGGCUUCAACGGCGAACAGGCCCUCGGCCUCGGCAAGGAGCUUCAGGCUCAAAAACCGGUCGCCGCCUAUUUUGGGAUUCCUAACGGUGAGGUUGAGGUGCAGCGAGCAUAGAGCCAGCAGUGCACAAAUGGAAACCCCAAACCGCCCCAUUCGGACGAUGCGGUACUGCAUGCGCUUGUUCUCACCAGGGACCUCCGCCUGGUAUCUUCCCACGCGCGUAUUCGUAGUAUUAAUGAUGAUGCAUGCAUAUGUAGCGAUAGUUGGCUCGUUGUCCCUACGGUAUUAUACAAG